AGCGCCCGCACACAAUAGCUCCGACGACUAUUGAUAAGGUCGUUAUCGAUAGGCUAUAAAUGGCCAAUCGACACUAGGAGCCCACUUUAGUCAUCGUUCGUCGAAGAAGCUCAGUUGAAAGCGAAACAAGUGCAAAGAUGUGUGAUGAGGAAAUUACCGCUUUGGUUAUCGAUAAUGGUUCCGGUAUGUGCAAGGCCGGAUUCGCCGGUGACGAUGCACCACGUGCCGUAUUUCCUUCGAUUGUGGGACGCGCCCGCCAUCAGGGUGUGAUGAUCGGUAUGGGACAGAAGGACUCGUACGUCGGUGAUGAGGCCCAAAGCAAACGAGGAAUUCUAACCCUGAAGUAUCCGAUCGAACAUGGAAUCGUAUCCAACUGGGAUGAUAUGGAGAAGAUCUGGCAUCACACGUUCUACAACGAACUGCGAGUGGCUCCGGAAGAGCAUCCGGUUCUGCUGACCGAGGCUCCACUGAAUCCGAAGGCCAACCGCGAAAAGAUGACUCAGAUUAUGUUCGAAACGUUCAACUGUCCGGCGAUGUAUGUGGCCAUUCAGGCUGUGCUGAGUUUGUAUGCUUCUGGACGUACGACGGGAAUUGUAAUGGAUUCCGGUGAUGGUGUCUCGCAUACGGUUCCAAUCUACGAGGGGUACGCUCUACCGCAUGCGAUUCUUCGUUUGGAUUUGGCUGGUCGUGACUUAACCGAUUAUCUGAUGACCAUCCUUACCGAGCGGGGCUACACCUUCACAACCACGGCCGAGCGGGAAAUUGUACGUGACAUCAAAGAAAAACUUUGCUAUGUCGCGUUGGAUUUUGAACAAGAAAUGGCCACGGCAUCCACUUCGACCGCUCUGGAAAAAUCCUACGAACUUCCCGAUGGUCAAAUCAUCACCAUCGGUAACGAACGGUUCCGCUGUCCGGAAACGCUUUUCCAGCCAUCGUUCAUCGGCAUGGAAUCCGUGGGAAUUCACGAGACCGUAUUCAACUCGAUCAAGAAGUGCGACGUGGAUAUUCGUAAGGAUUUGUUCUCCAACACCGUGCUGUCGGGAGGAUCCACCAUGUUUGCCGGAAUCGCCGAUCGGAUGCAGCGUGAGUUGACCACCCUAGCACCAAGCUCGAUCAAGGUCAAAAUCAUUGCACCACCAGAGCGAAAGUACUCCGUCUGGAUCGGUGGCUCCAUUCUUGGGUCGCUGUCCACCUUCCAGCAGAUGUGGAUCUCCAAGCAGGAAUACGAUGAGGCCGGCCCCGGAAUUGUCCAUCGCAAGUGCUUCUAGACCCUAGGUUUACAGUUACGUUCCGCUGUGUGGUUACGAAAUCAUCACACGUUGAUACGUGUGAUAAGCUAAUCAAAAUGAAAGAGAAUAAAAUUUGGGUUUCUUUA